GAAUUUUAUCACCUUGGCUCAAGGCAUAAACACAAUACAGCAAGAAGAAAAGCGUUCUUUCAAGUUCCCAUAUCAAAACUGUGCGUUGCAGAUUUUGAGAUUCGAUUUUUAGCAAAUGCAAUUACAAGCCCUAGCACCAGCUCGAUCCCCUUUUGCGGAGUUUUUGAACCGUUCGGCGUUUAAAGCCCUAAGCCUCCGUGCAUUCUCGUCUUCAGAUUACUCGAACCAGUCUCGUGGUGGUCUUCCUCGCUUCUUCUCUCCCGUUCUUCCCUCUUCCAAGGGGGCUGCUAUUCGCGUCCAAGGUGAUGAAUUCUGGCAUAUGACCAAAGUUCUGAGGUUAAGUACAGAAGAUAGGGUGGAGCUAUUCAAUGGUAAAGGAGGUCUCGUGGAAGGGUGCAUCCAGAAUAUUGAUCGCUCGGGACUUGAUUUUGUUGCUAUGCUAGAUCCAAAAGUAGCUCUUCCUCAGAGCACACAGUGGCAUGUAUUUGCAGCUUUUGGUACUCUAAAGGGUGGUCGAGCUGACUGGCUUGUCGAGAAAUGCGCAGAGCUGGGGGCUUCUAGUGUGACCCCUCUUUUGACAGAACGCUCUCCUUCAAUGUCAGACAAUCGAUUAGACAGAUUGCAACGGGUUAUUUUAGCGGCAGCUAAACAAUGUCAACGGCUGCAUGAAAUGAUUCUAAAUCCUCCUACAAAAAUUGAUGGCCUUUUACCUCUUGUUGAAGAGUCCAAGAUAUCGCUCGUAGCAGUUGCGGAAGCUACCCCUGUUGUUAGCAUAUUGACUUCUUCAAAAAAGGAAAGUAGUGGGCUGAUAAUUGUGGGACCAGAAGGGGACUUCACUAAGAAAGAGGUGAAUAUGAUGAUGGACGCAGGAGCUAUACCUGUUGGGCUCGGGCCACAUCGUUUGCGAGUUGAAACUGCUACAAUGGCACUUUUGGCUACUCUGAUGUUGUGGUCUGAUUCUCAGCAAGCCUCCAGUUCCUAAGUAUCUAUUGCUGGUUUAUUUUCAUGGACUGUGUACGGGAUACAUGGGAAAUUUUUGAAGCUAUGAAUGUCAAGUUUCACGCCGUAAUGUAUAUUAGACCUACCAUCAUGGUUUCUCAACAUGGACUCCGGUUUAUUUUGUUAAAUGCCUGUCUUUCUAAACUUUAUUACGGUAUUGUUCAUCUACAGCAUGAUGACUCCAAGUCUGGUAUUGUUUAUCCCUUCUUAUGUGUAAUCUCCUCUUCGGUAAUGGCAUGUGCCUUUGCUAUUAUGUUUAUUGAGAAAAAUAGGCAUGGCCAUGCUUCUUUCUA